UCUAUGACCUUGGUCGUGGUUAAUUUUGAUCAUUGAUAAUAAAACUAAAAUCUAAAAUUGACAGUCUGACAAUAAUUGUGACGUUAGAUGUCAUUGUUUAGGUUUUAUUAUUUAUUUUAAUUAUUUAGUGUAUUUUAAUUGCUGACGAUUGGAACGCAGAAAUUUGUGAUCUUCUGCUGACUAAGAGUUGUACCAUGAGUGGUCCACGAAUGGGUAUGUCUCAAUUGAACGGUAGCAAUAGAAGGCCUUCGAAUAUCACCCGGAUGAUGUCUAACGACAAGCCAGUUCAUGCCCAACACGAUGAUUUAAUAAAGUAUAUCUACGAUUCGUGGAGUAAAGUAGAAAUGGACAGGGGAUCUAACUCUGUAAGGUAUUAUCAAGAUGAGAGCGCCCAUCAAUUAAAAGAUUUUCAACCAUUUGAUUUAGAGGCAUACUGGGGCAGACGAUUACACCAAAGCAUCCAACAGCAGCACUCAUAGCAUUAUUACGCUGUGGCAGUCCGAUGAUUGUUUUUUUUUAAUGAGAUUUAGUUGCUCGUUAGAAGUACGCGUCUUUAUUAUGUAUUAUUAAUUUGCUUUUUAUAACCUAAUAUUGAUUUUAUAUGAUCGUAAAGUCAUUAAUCUUGUUACUUUUUCUUUUUUACAUAUGUAAUUUUUGUGAGAGAUUAUUUGACCCAAAUUGAUACUACUUUGAAAGCAAUGAGAAUUAUAGCACUUUAUGAAAAUAUUGCUUUUAUAUUUACAGUAUUUAAUUUUUAUGUUUACAUUCCUAUAGUGACUUCGAAUCAUAUUCACCAUUAAUCUACCCAUAUCUAAUUUAUUAUUCUUUUAAUUAUCAAGUUAGACAAAUUGUAAAUUAGUAACUAAUAUUAAAAUAAACUUUUUUAUUUAUCGCCA